CCCCCCUGUUUUCCCCCUCUGCGCCUGUUAAUUCCCGUCUGCCUCAAUCAUGAGCACGCUGCCCGCCCGGCAUCCCCAGGCCGAGCCGGGGAGGGCCGUCCUCGGCGUUGGUCGUCCUCCUGGUGUCUUGAGCCAGGGCUUCCCGCUGGCCAUGUCCUUUAGCGAUGACACUCAAUGCCUUGUGGUCGGCUUUUCCAAGGGUCUGGCAGUAUAUCAAUCACACCCACUCCGUCCCCUGUCCUUCGUUCGCGUCAUCGGCGGGGUGGCUGUCGCGGCCAUGCGCGGGUCCGGGUCACCUGUGGUUGCGGUGGCCGGCGCCGCCGACCCCGACGCCGCCACAGAUGUAGCCGAGCAAAGUGGCCUGCCAGCCUGCUCUGUGGCCUCCUUCAGCUACACCUCCUCCCCCCGACGCGUGCUCAUCUUGGACUUGAGUAGGCCCAAUUCCCCCCCGCUCGCGGAUAUUCCCAUGAAUUCCACCGUUCGGUCGCUGGUCUUCUCCUCGCCCGACCAAUCGGGCCUGGACCCGGCCGAAGCGACGCCCCCUCUGCUGGCCAUCACCGUCGAGGAUGGCGUCCAUGUUUUCGAUCUCCGGCAGAAUUGCUUCGUCGUGACGGCCAUGACCCCAGUGUCGGAUGGCGCUCCUGUGGCGUUGGCCUCCCGUGGAGGCCGGUAUCCCCGACUGGUGUACCCCUGUGCACCGCUCUAUGUGGCCCUCUGCUUUGUGGAUACAACAGUGGCAGCGGCUCUCGGCGGGCCGCGGCUCAUGAGCAGCCCCCCGCCGGGCGACCGGCCGCGCAACAGCCGCGCCACCUCUCCCAUCCCUUCGACAUCGCCGGCCCAAAAUGCCGCCGCCGCCGCCGCCGCCACCACCGCGGCCGCCCUCAGCCUGCAGUCCAGCAUCAUGGCCGUGCCGUAUACCCUGCGGCCACAUCGGAAUACCCCAACGCGGGUUGUGGCCAUCAGCCCCUGCGGCCGACGUAUGGCCACCGCCUCCGAGAAGGGCACCCUCAUCCGGGUGUUCGACCUGCCGCCCGCUUCGUAUCUGGCACGGCCACCCCACUCCGGGGCCAGGCUCGACCCCGGCGCCGGGGCUUCUGCCCAGUCGGGCGUGGACCUUCGGUCAUUGCGUCCGCGGCUGGUGGCGCAACUCCGCCGAGGAAGUCGCCCGGCGCGGCUGUGCUCUCUGGCCUUUGGUACGGCGCCGGCGGCUGGACACCCGGCACGGGCGCUUCGCUGGCUGGCGGCCGCUUCGGCUGACAGUGCCAGUGUGCAUAUCUGGCGCCUGCCGCCGCUGUCGGAGUUCACCGGCUCCGUGGGCGCCGGCCAGGCGGCCAGGGCUGGGCGUGCGGAACCCCACUCCGAUGCCGGCCGGGUGUCCGGCCGCGCGGCCACCCCCCCUGCGCCCGAUGCCCAUCCGCCUCCGGGGAUGGAUGGUCAGGGGCCCAAGAAGAAGCAAGAGGCGGGUGCUCCUCGGCCGGGGGCCAAAUUGGCCGGCGACGCUCGGUCGCGUGCGGCGGCGGCCGCGGCGGCGGCGGCCCCCUACGGCCGUGCUGGCGACGAAGAGGAGGGGGAAGAGGAGGAGGAGGAUGACCUUGCGGACUUUGUGGAGAUGACCCUCGACGAGGAGGAUUUCAGUCUGCUCGAGCCGGCCGAGGACAUGGUGGUCAUCCCGCGCCAUCAUCACACCCCCUCAGCCGGGGGGGCAUUGUCCCUUGACACCACGGGGCAUGCCCAGGCCGGGGUUUGCUCCUCGGCCAGCGCCCCGGGGUCUCUCACGUACACCAGCCGCGAUGAGGAUGUCCCCCUGCUUGGUGACCAUCCGCUGCUGUAUCACAAUGCGCCGGCCCCGGAUGGGUCUGGCCUUUGGCGUUCGAUUGUCUCAUCCACCUCCUCGGUGUCCGGGUCUCUGGUGCCGCUGUACUUUCGCGAUGCAUUGACCAGUACCCGAGCAUCGGUGGUCCUUCGGCGCCCGGUCGGCUAUGACACCGGGCCCUGUGUCCUGGCGUUGGUGGAAACCAAUCUGGGCACGACACUGCACCUGGCCGCAUCGUCGCCUUUCGGCGGGGCAGUCCACUCAUACAACCUCCCGGCGGACUUGCAGGACCUUGGUCCACAAGCACUCGCCCAGCAGGCCGCCCAUCCAGAUGGUGUCCUCCCUUCAGUUACCGCCACCUUUGGCGUCCCCUGGUGA